CGGGGCGAGAAUCCGAACCUCCCCACCGGCUAUCUUGGCACGUCCGGUUGCGGCACGGGCUGUACGCCUGGCUGCGCUACCGGGUGCACAUCUGGUUGCACGUCUGGCUCUUCUUCGGCCGGCAGGUUGUCGCACGUUGGCGUACCCUACGGCAGCGUUCCAUUCUCUUGUCAGGCAACUGGCAUAGCACCACCACCACAACCACCACCACCGCCACCGCCACCGAGCCAUCAUCAUCCGGAGCAUCAGCAACACCAUCAUCCCCAUCAUCCACGUUUGGGCCAUGUUGCCGCGGCAGCGAGUGCCGCUGCCGCUGCGGCCGCAUCGAUAGGGAUGGAAUCUUCGGACUUGGUCGCGGUGGCUCAUUACCAAGCGCAACAACUUCAGCGACAAUUGUUGGCCGAGCAGUCGGCUCCGGGCACUAUGCUGCCACCGUCUGCUCAGUCUACUGGUGGAGGCUUGACGCAGCCGUUACAGCAGGGACAACAAACUCAACAAUCCCAGAGCCAGGAUCCACUGCAGAGCUUGGUGCAACAGUUGCUCUGCUUGCAGCAGAUCGAAUAUUUCUUCGCCCAACGCGGACACAAGUGAUACACGCCUGCAUACAUAUAUACAUAUAUGCGCGUUUAAUAUAUAUAUGUAUGUAUGUGUUUAUACAUUAAGCGUUUAUAUCUGCGGUGUCUCUUCUACUCCUCCUCCUUCUCCAUCAUCGUCGUCGUCGUCAUCAUCAUCGUGAUCGCCAUCAUCAUAUCAUAGUCA